UUCACACACUACAUCAGUACCCAUUGUAAUGGAGACCAGACCAAUAGACGACAUGUCAGAAAAAACUGUAGAAAUUACCGAAACAAGAGCAACCGAGUUCGGGACCAAAAACCGGCCUCCUAAACCGUCCAAAAUGUCGUCGUUGGUUCAAAGUCUUAUUAAUCAUGUUACAACUCCUGAUCUGCUCUCACAGAGCCAGCUAAAAAGGCUAAAGGAGCACAAAUACAGUGCGGAAGGGAGCUCGGUUUGUGACCCCUUGAUGCAGGUUUUUUGGAGGUGGUUGAUCGAGCAGGUUCCUAAAACCAUAGCACCAAACACAAUCACGAUUGUUGGGUUAACUGCUAAUGUCAUUGGAGCUUUGAUUCUCAUGUUGUUUUGUCCAACGGGGAAAGAACAGGCACCAAGCUGGGCGUACAUCGUUGCUGCGUUGACCCUUUUUAUCUAUCAAUCUCUUGAUGCCAUUGAUGGGAAGCAAGCUAGACGAACCCAGACCAGCACUCCGUUGGGGGAGCUGUUUGACCACGGAUGUGACUCUGUCUCUAUUGUGUUUGUGUCCAUUGAGUUCAGUAUCGCGAUGCAGCUAGGAGAAUGGGCAGAGCUUUACUUCGUUACUUCAGUGCUAUCUAUGUUCAUGUUUUAUGGGGCCCACUGGCAAACUUACGUAUCCGGAACACUUCAGUUUGGAAAAUUUGACGUGACAGAAUCACAGCUAGUGAUAUGCUCCAUCUUCUUUAUAUCAGCAUUCUUCGGACCACAGAUUUGGGCUUUGAAGGUCUUCGGUCUGGAACUGAAGGUCCUCGUGUUCCUAGGUGGAGUAGUGAUGGCAGUAGUUUCAUUCUUCAACUACACGUUAGUCAUCUUCGGUGGUGGAGGCAAAGGAAAGGAUGGAUCUACCGUUGCAGAUACCAGUGUGAUUGCCCCAGCUCUCCACAUUGCCUUCGUCAUUCUUCUAGAAGUAAUCAUCAAGGAAAAGUCCCACACGGGUCUGUACGAGAACCAGCCUUGCGUCUACCUUCUGACGUUCGGCUUCGUUGCUGCUAAGAUUAUCAACAAGCUUGUGGUCGCCCAUAUGACCAAGAGUCCGAUGGAUCUCUUAGAUACAGUCUUCAUCGGACCAGGUCUACUCUUUCUCAAUCAGUAUUUUGACACACCUCUACCUGAGAGCCUACUUCUAUGGAUUGCUAUGGUCUACUGUCUGGCGGACCUUGUGCGUUAUGCUGCCCUCGUUUGUCAACAGAUAUCGGUUUACCUCGGUAUCUACAUCUUCGAUAUCACCCAAAGAAGACCCGUCCAGGUUACGCCGCGCCCCUCCCUCAAGUAACUCAAGUAACGUAACGAUCAUUUAUUUUUAAAAAGCGCAAGUUCCACUGUCAGUAUUGGUUUAAAAAGGUCAUGAGAUAGGGUUAUGGAUUGGUAAAUAGUUCAAAGAUUUAACGCCCAUUGGUGUUGUAGCCAGACCAAUUUUAGUGAUGGGCUCUAAAUCCAAAUAGUACACCAAAUAGGGAGAGCGGUUUCAACAAAAAUUAUCAUGUUUAGAUAUGAGCCAUCAUUGCUGAAGUGCAAGUGUUAGGGGAAGUCUGUGCUGGGCAGCACAGUGUAUUUUGCUCAGAGUGCUGGGGGAAAUGCGUUGGUUCCGGGCAGACCCCGCCCGGUACCGCCCACCGUGGCUACAUUAAUCUUGACCAUAAGGGAAGACAUCCUUCUACAGCCGUAGGAUAGUAAAAGUAAUAGUGGCUUCU